AUGGAGACCAACUCGUUGUCUGGGCGUGCGAGUAGCAUUAGCAUCGGAAAUAGUGGCGCCUUCACCGUGUCGUUAUCGGACGCCGAGUCGCGUCGUCGACUGCUACCUGGCAGUCGCUCGGAGCAAUCUAAUAACCACGAGAGCAGCCUCCGCUCUAACGUGUCGUUCGUGAGCGCGACGCCUAUCGAAGAGUUUGUGGCUAAAUACCAGGUGAUCAAAGUAUCCUGGAGAGGCAAAUACGAGCGCAUUUUGGCCUUGUCUCCCACGCGCCUCUGCACCAUCGACCCCAAGGACUUUGAGGUCACCAACACGUGGUCGCUCACGGCGCUGCUGAGCGUCAGCCUCGAUGCCUUGGACGCCCAGGGCUUUGCUCUGUCGCUGAAAGGUCCAAAGAAGGACGAGCAAUUGAGGUUGCGCUGUCGUUUUCGGUCCAAAUGUCUCUCGGACCUUUACCGGCUCAAGGAGCAGUAUCAGCAACGCAAUUUGGGAUCCGAGACGGGCUUUCAGUGCUCGAAAUGGUCGCGGAAGGGGGAAACUUAUAGAUGUGAACUGAACGUCGGGACGGAUGGGGUCACUGUGUUGCAGCCAGGCGUCGUACGCUCCAAGUACUUUUACACGGAGAUGGAGCACUUGACGCUGCUCACUGACUCGCAGGACGGAUUCGUUAUUGGAUACACAGGACGCAGUAAACUUUUCUUUAGUCAGCAGAGAGGACAGAUUUAUCAUCGCAUUCAGGCGGCGGCUGGGGAUAUUGGAUGUAAGAUUCAGGCGAAAGCCAAUGUGACGGUGGGAAAGAUCCAGGAGGAGAAAGCGUACUACGGUCUGAAUAAUGGCGAAGCGUUUGUGCAGUUUCAUUUGAAAAAAGUGACACCAAAGUACAAUGUGUCAAGACAGCGCAUUCUUUCGCUGCACGAGAAAGUUUUUAUUGAGUUGGAUUUGGACAAAAAAGUAAUCGCAUGCUACAACUACUCGGACAUUUACGUGCUAGUGCGAGAGAUAAAGAAUGCAGAGCAGUUUGAAAUUCAGUUCCGCAAUGACCAGAUGAGGACUUACAUGACCAAGGACCGAGAUGACAUUUUGAGCGCCUUCUACGACAUUUGCGUGACCUGUGAGGAAAAUCCGGAGUUGUUCAUCAGCAGUGCUGUAAAUCAUCGAGGGCUACGCUUGCUACCUUUCUCUGCUGUGGAAGAUACGAACGAAACACAGUCAUUCUUUAACGACUCUUCAAUUGCAAGCUGGUAUCUUCAGCACAUGGGAUCAGUGGGGAAGCUUAUGAAGUUUUUGCAGGUUGGUGAUAGAGGCUUUGUCGAGAUUGUCGCCGAAUUCAAUGCAAACGUCCCAGCAAGCGGGAUCCCGUACAACACGAAGGACUCGAUCCUUGGGGAUGCUUUACGGCCAAUAUGUGCUCAGCUUUACUACAUUGCGAAGGCAAAGCCCGUCCCAGAACACUCUGCUGUAACUCUACUUCAGGCACUAUACCGCAUCUCAUCAUCUUACUACGGCUUUCGUGAAAUUGGACAAGCUGGUCAAAUUUCGGAAACUAUCACCAACCUGUUAAUCAAUGGCGAAGAAUUUGUUGUGUUUUGGACAACACUUCUCUUAAGUCAAAUGACGGCGCACACUCCCCCAACGUCGGCUAACCUAGACUCUGUCUCUUUGAGAAAAUGUGAGGAGGUAGAAACGCAAAACAAGAAGUUGCUACUUGCGAACACAUACCUGACACGGUCUCUACUCACACACCUCGAAGAUAUUGAUGCGAAUCCAGGCAGCAGAAACUCAAGUCAUCGGCGAAGGACCGGCUCUCUCGUUAUGAUGGGGUUGCUACAGACUCUCGAGGGCUGCCUUUGCUCUCGAGCUGCUACAACUGGGCCAGUCGAGUUGACGACUUUGGUUGAAGAAGUGGCAAAAAACUACAGUACCCUGCUGAAAGUGCUUUUUCAGGCUCGUUGUGCAUCUACUGUCCAGGCGUGUACUUUACUGUUAAAAACCACGCUCGAGAAGUGCGACCCUGCUGUAGCUUCCACUAUUCGAGACAAAGCGCUGACAGAGGGUAUCGUGUUGCGACACUUUUAUCAGGGUCUUUUCGAUGCAUCGUUCGACCAGCGGUGCGUGAGUCGAUAUUUGGUGUCUCUUUGGAUGAGCCAUCACGCUGGAUCAAUGCAGCUCCUGUCGCGAAUGCUCCCUUCUGGGUUUCUUUAUUUGUUGAAGGAACCUCCCGGUACACCAAGUCAGGUCGAGGAAAAUGAUCGACUUGAACGUGAGGUAAUGGAAGAAGAGCGGCAAGAAUGCUUGUUAGAAGACAAUGAUGGUCACGUGUCCUCUACGAGCGAGUCACCGCUCCAAAAUGGAUCGACUAAUUGGCUAUCUGGUGGUGAAAGAGCCAGUCUCGCCGAUCCAGACGCUCACCAAGAGAAAAUGUUUCAGGAGAUUGUCUCUAUGGGAGGUACGGGCAACGAAAAUGAGGAGAAUCGCCACCUAUCAGGACCGAACUUGCCAACCACAGAGGUUUGCUUAUCACUUUCGGGCGAGCGGUCAUUGACAAGAAACGGUAUUAAAGGACGGAAUUCUUUCGAUAUACCGAUUGGAAACAAUUUGUCGAAAGCUCGAAUGUUGCGCAAGCUGAAAAGUUCGGUUGAUGGGACAACCUUACGGUCUGCAAACAAUUUGAGGCAUGAGUCGCGUCGCUCAAGUUUUCACGACCCAGCACCUCGUCUUCGUAAAAGAGAUGUCGCCUUAAGCUUUUUAGGCACUCUAGGUGGCACAAAAGCACCUUCUUGCCACGGACACGAGUCUUCAAAUGGGAAAAAUCAUGCAGUGUUGCGCUCUGCUCGCGCACAAGAGAAUUUUUGCCUCCUCUUCCAUAUGAUCAGCCUAGACCACGAGACCGUCGACAUGAUCUGGAACAAGAAAACUCGACAGGAGCUUCGGAAAGCUCUUUACACCGCAAUCAAGUCUUUCACUCGAUUCCAAGUCACCCUUGGGGGCAUGAAGGCUCGAUGGAACUUUGAAGAUUUUAACGUGUCAUACCCAAGCCUAGCCAAUGAGGUUGUUGUUGGCGGAUGCUACAUACGAAUUUUAGCGCACCUGCGCAGUAAAAUGUCAUUCUUCGGGACAGUCACAGACGAAGAUGAAUUCAUUGCACUGACUCCGGAACAGGUGCGCGUUAGAUAUCCUGCAGCAGUCCUUGCUGCGCUUUAUGUACGAAUUCUGCAAGAAAAUAUUCAUGCUGAGUACCGGAACGAUUUGGAAACGUCGAUACUGUGCAUUAAGAGCAUAGGAGUAGUAGCUGCUGCUCAUGCUGGAAACGCAGCCGCCGUGGACUUUGAAGAACUGGGCCACUUGUGGGCAUUGAUGAGUAAGACUGUGCAUGCUUCAAUGCUGGAAAACUUUCUUCACACGAUACGGGCAUUGUGUCUACAUCCUGGAAAUGCACGACGGGUGUUAAGCAACGAUCACAACAUAGAGCUGGCAAUUCGUCUUCUCCAGUUGGUACACGUAGCUAACCGUGAUAUCGGCGACAGUACCGAGCCGAAGAAACUCUGGAUCUUAGAAAACGACAGAGGUGAACAGCUUGGACCUUUUAGCGUGAGGGAACUUCAGCAAACAAACAUGAACUCAUUAUGGGCUCAACGACUAGAUGACCCGUCGUGUGAGUCAUUGACGACCAAGGCAAAAGUGAUGGAUAUCCCCCAGCUGCGUUGGGAAGUGGGGAUUUCCGGGGUACUGCAUCCACUUCAGAUGGCAUACGAUGCGAUCAGUAUUUUGCUCGCCGUGGCGCACUGUAACUCAUUGUUACGCAACGCCAGUACACACGGCGGUGACCUAGCGCCACCUAUGUUCCCUCUACCUCGAGGGCAGACGAUGCUAUGGAAAUACACCCGACAAAUUGUUCCCGUUUUAAUACGUAGCAAUCAUCCUAAGCUUUGGGAAAAGACGGCUACACUGCUUGAGUUUUUGUAUUCUGAUCGUCAACCGACUGAUACAGCCGAAGAAGGUGCUAUCAAUCGGGGAUUUCUAUUUCACUGGGGCUUGUUUUAUAUGGCAUUCAUAGGGGCAUCAUCUGAUUUUGAAGCAAUGGCAGGCCUGUUAAAGGCUACACAUCGCCGUCAGACCGGAUUCAACGCAACCAGUGCACUGAAGAGAAUCCUUCCUGACGACAUGAUUAACUUACUGGAGAUUUCUUCUCCAUCUGCGUUUACUAAGGUGUUUUGCGAGGGAGAGCAAUCCCCUAAAGUGAUUUGGAGCAUUGAGAUGCGAAAGCACCUACAGACUCUGUGUCUUGCCCACGUGAAAGAUUACGCUGAGGUUUUGGUAGAAGAUGCGUCUGGUGAGUGGAGCUUUUGCCCAAUGGCACCUGUUGCGUUUCAGGAACUAUCCAAAGAAGUAUGGUGUGGUGGGCUUUACUUGGGUCAAUUCUGUGAGAAAGAAAGCUUUACUGUCUCGGACCCCUUGGAUUUUAUGGCAAAGCUGACGAUGGAGUUGCGAGUUGAAGUAAACCGACGAGAAGCUGCUUUUACUAUUGCUCAAGCACAACUAAUUUUGGGCGUUCUAGACGAGGAAUGUCUUGAUGCUACUCUUCGUGCUUGCUUUAAGGAGAAGGCCAGAGCUUUAAAGCCGUCAGACAUCGACUACUUCGACAGGCUGGAUGAGCUGCGGGAAGCGUACCGAAUUCUCACUUCCCCAAGGCCGACAUUACUGUCUGCCGGACAUGACCCUGAAAACUUGCUACUUGUGCUCAAUUCUCUAGUCAAUAUGUGCAAACGGUAUUCAAAGCUACUUGUCAACUACGAGUUUGAUGCGUACGACCUCCUGCUUCCACUGCUGGCAGCUCAUUGCUCUGCUAGAAGAGCUCCCCCAGAAGGCACGACCAUGACCCAGACUCUGGAGAUUUCAGUCUGCGCAGCAGAGCUCGUUUACAACACGUGCGCUGUAUCGGCUAUUAAUGGAAGAUUGCUGCUAGAGCAACCCGGGUUGAGCACAUUAGAGAAGGCGGUGAAUUUUUGCGUCAAUUCGAUGGCUGGCAGUGAAGCCACAAAGGACCCCGAGUUGUUGAAAGUGUGCUUCUUUUUACUUUACACGAUUACCGGGCUAUUGGCCUCCCCUUUAGGUCGAGACUGGGUUGCGGAGUCGACCACAUUGCCGGUGGACAUGGUUCGUAUUCUGUGGCUAUGGAAUCACGCCGGCUCGGAAUCACUUUUGCUGUCAAAGCUGACGCAGCAAGUGCUCGAAGGCAUAUCGAGAAUGGCACAGCUAGAGAAAAACCAGAAACGCCUUAUCAAGUCUGGAGUGUUGUGGCAAUUGUUUAGGAUCUUCUCAACGUAUGAUGUGGAGCUCGAUGGAGCAGCAGUCCAUACCCGAUUGCAGGAAAGGCUUGUUUGCGAGGAAGAAGAACAUGCAACUGUGGAUGGAGAAGUUCAGAAUCUAUUAGCCGUCAUGGCAGUUCGUGCUCUGUGCAGGCUUGGAGGGUUAUUUGUUGAGGAAAGUGAACUCCAGUCUCCGUUUAACCCGAUCGUAAAGCACGUUGCAGACGCGCUAAUGACUCCGAAUUUGUCUGAGCUACUGCUACUAAGUAGUCAUCACGAGUUCUUGAAGAUCUACCACGGAGAAUAUGAAUCGUACACGCUGUAUUGGAACCGUGAGAUGCGUCAAGAGCAAAUAGAGUUUAUAUCGCCAAGGGCCAGUGUCGAGCCUGAUGUUUCUUUGGACGAACACUACGUCGACGUUAUUCAAUUCCGGUUUAUGUAUUUGGCAGAUCUGUUGUACAUCGGCGGUCUGUACGUCGAAAUGCUCAUGGGAAGCUUGCUGGUCAUAAAGAAAAAUCUGGUUCCAGCGCCGGUUGCCGAGUUUGGGCUCACCGACACAUUUUUCAAGCAAUUGUUUUCGUUUAUUGACAGUGCGGAGCUUAGCUACCCAGAGCUUGUAAAUGAGAAGGGGAAUGUGCAAAGACUUGCACCUUAUGCUGGUUGGAACAUUAGCGAAGAGAGGCGGGCAACAAAAGAACGAGUCACCGCCCUUCAAUGUUUGUCAAUUACAACUUCCGUAGCUCCAGUGCUAGUGGAGAAAAACAUGGUUGCAAAUACUACCGCAAUGAAGAUGGUGUUACGCCUGCUAUUUCCCCCGGACAAUGAAGUUCACCAAAGCGAAGACGCCGAGAAGAGUUUAGUACUUACCCCGCAGCUAUAUGUCCCAUGCCGGUCGCACUGUAUUUCAACCUUACAAGUGCUGUCGACACUACAAGAUUUUGGAACGGCCUCUCUGGAAUUUGGUAUUUGUGAUAUUCUUAUUGAGUUGGUGCAUAUUUGCCGAGACGUCGGACCAGAGGCACUUGGGAUCAUCCGUAACCUUUGUGCAAAUGAAGCAGGAGCAAAGUGCAUUUCAGAGAUUCUUCAAUCGGGAGUAUAUUUGGAGCUCAUCGGCUGGAUGCUCCUUGUGGAAGAAACAAUUAGCGACGAUGACUUUGUGUCUGCCGAGCGUUUGCAAAUCCCGUCAGCAAUGAUUUUGUCGGAAAUGGUCAAGGAUGGAGCACCACUGAACAUGGAAUCAAGGCGCACGUUAUGUCGCUUCUUUCCCCCUGCGAUUGUUCGGACAAUAGCUUCAAGCCCUGAUAUGAUCGUGGAGUAUAUUAUGGCUGACCAUAUGACACCAGAGCUUGUCUGGAGCGUUGAAUUCCGCAACCACCAGCGAAAUAGCAUCAUCAACUUCCUCAAUAUUUACUUUUCAUCGACCUCGACGACCGGGACGAAAAAUGGAAAUUAUGUAUCAGUGGUUGACUCGUUCGAGAUUGAUUACACUUUUCUGUAUCCGCAUCCUGUGGCUGGCGAUGUAUAUAUCACGUUGUACAUGGAAGACCCAACGUUCAACUUGCAGGAUCCUCUGUAUUUUAUGACGUGCUUGUGGUCCGAGUUCGAAGUCCUGUUUAAACAACUCGCUCAUGUCACAUCUGCUCUACGCGCAACGACUACACGUGCGGAUGACGAAAUGAUACAACGCGAUAUUGGCCUGAUCGAUCUGGUCGGGUCGUCUCUAGUGUGUCUGCUACAGGUUGACACGUCAUUGCUGGACAGUGUAGCGAAGCUGCAGAUUCCCGCAAAGUGCUGCGACUACCUGAACGGCACAGUUCGUUCUCAAGCGAGUGAGGCAUGCGUUGUCAACGUCGUACGGAUUCUGCGGGUUUGCACAAUGUCUCGUAACUGUAUCGCAUCGAUGCAGCCUAUGUGCUCCACGGCGUUGUCGUGCUUGAUGGCAGUUACUAACGCCGUUCGAGGAGGCCCACUGCAUUUCGAGAGUGCGUUUGUGUUGGAGAUAAUGCGACGAAUCAUUUUGAAAUAUCCAGAGCAUGGCGAUCGAGAUGCAAGCGCUGGUAUCGUGUAUGUCGCAAGUCGGCUGGAUUUGUUUGGGUUUCUGUUAUAUAUUCUCGAAAAUCCUGACGGUAUCGGGAAAACAAAGGAGCCACACAUCGUGCGAGCCGAAGCGAUCGAGAUUUUGAAUCUACUGGAAAAGGACCGUGUGCAAGGAAGCACUGCCCACCAGAUAUUGAAGAAGAACAAGAAGUGGCAGAAGAUCUACCGACGUGAGGCCACUGAUGUAGUGAAGACUAUGUCUACUGAAGACCCGUUUUUGAAGUCCUUGUUCCCCAAGGCAGAUCGUGUGAUGCGCGAGUAUACGCGUACAAACCCCUACAAAGCUCAAUAG